AUGGUGACCCAGGCAAGACCCGGGAUCACAGACAUCCGUCAUGCGGAUGGGUCUCUUACGGAUGGCGACAAGUUUGCAGCUAACACCCUGGCUGAGUACUACUCCACGGUAUUCAGCCCAGAACAUGUUAGUCGGACGGACGGAAUCGGUGGUCCUGCAGAAGACUCCAUGUUAAACAGGUCCAUGGAACCUGUGUCAUUUUCUCCGGCACAGGUCGGACUAAAACUGGCAAGUCUCGUAGCUAAAACGUCACCGGGCCUUGACGAGAUACCAUCAGCAGUUCUCAGAGCAGUCAGCACUAUCCGUAAGCAGACUUUUCAACCACUGUAUGAGAGUAGGCGUAAUCCCGCAAGAGUGCUAAAUAUGCGUGGUAUCUUUUAUAUUCAAGUCAUGGGACAAAACCUCACCAAACAACUGCCGUCCGGUAGCCCUGCUCUCAGUGAUCUCAAAGGAGCCGGAGACCUAGGUGCCCACGAUCACGCUCACUGUCGAACGGGAUGUGCUGAUAUCACCGUCGUUACGGUGACGCCGCGGAAAGGUGCCUUCAAUUUUGCACUUACACCCUCAUAUCGGGAACCGGCUAAACCGACCGGCCCAGGCGACGACCGUGUCGGGCUCGCCACAACCAAGUCCCUUGUUCUCCAUCACCGACUGACAUACCGGAAUACGUUUCUUGGUUGA